AUGAUACGAUCAAGUUUAAAUUUGAUGGUUUUGCUAAUAACAUGGAUAACAAUUCUUUUUCUGACGUCUUCGGUAUCAGGUUACGGAAUUUUUACACAUAAUGAAACGAAACCAUACCCCACACCACCACGGAUAUGGCAACACGUCGAAUAUAUCGAUGGGACAGUGGUUCUUCGAAUUAUUAAUAGGAAUUCUAAUAAAAAAUCUCUUUCUGGAGAAGCGUGGAUAAGACCAGUAUUAUCUUUACGCAUUAUUCAUCCCAAUGGAACAGUCAGUGAAAUAGACAAAGACCUAGAGAUUCCAGAAUUUAACUGGAGGAUUUUUACAAUUCCUGGUUUUAGUGAUUUCCAGGACCCUAUAAGUAUAUAUGCGCUUCAAAGGAACUACUUAAUUGUUAGGUACUUUAAAGCUUCAAAUACGUCCGAUAUUACAACUUAUGAAGAAUGGGGACGUAUUAUUGAUUGGAAUGGCGAUUUAUAUAAGGAGGCUUUCAUUUAUGAUGGUAUAUGGUACCCAUCAUUAACGACAAUAGUGACUAACGUUGAUCCAGAAAAAGGGUUCAUAAGGAUAGCUGGGAUGAAUGCUUCUUAUUUCGAGUGGCAACAAUAUGUGAUAGAUGAUUCAUUCAAUCUUAAAAGGUUAUACGAAGGAAAUAUUACACUUCCCCAAAAAAAUGAAAAUUCUACGACAUUAUAUGCCAUAGCUACUGUUGACGAGGGUUAUAGUAUAAUUAUGGGAAAUUCCACCGACUCCACUAAUUCCGGUAACAACAAUCCUUUGGAAAUUCGUGCCGCUGUGUAUGCUUUAACAAAAAGAUAUGAUGAUAAACAAUUUGGUGCACCAAAAAUGAUUUAUCAAUUGCCCUUAGAUGAUAUUACAAUAUCUGGUAUGAAUGUUGGUAUUUCAAGUACUGGAAUUGGACAA